GUGGUGGUCCUCUUGUUAAUGUUGAUGGAGAAAUUGUUGGCAUCAAUAUAAUGAAAGUCAUAAUAGCAGAUGGGUUGAGUUUUGUGGUACCAAUUGACUUGGUUAUCAAAAUCAUAGAGCACUUCAAGAAGAGUGGAUCAUCCAUAAAUGAGAUGUCAAACCACAGAAGGCCAUGUUGUACAGGAGAGUUGUUCAGCCUUGGCUUUGAUUUAAAAUGCUCGAUCUUAAUGUCAAGAUCGUUGCUCAACUCAAAGAGGGAGAUGUCACAUUUCCUAACGUCAAAAAAGGUGUCCUUGUAGCUAUGGUGACUCCCGGAUCUCCUGCUGAUCGUGCUGGAUUCCAUCCUGGUGAUGUGGUCAUUGAAUUUGAUGGAAAGCCAGUUGAAUCUAUCAAGGAGAUCAUUGAGAUAAUGAGUGACAGAAUUGGAAAAGCGAUAGAGGUGGUUGUGAAAAGAGCAAAUGAUGAAACGGCCAUUUUAACAGUAAUUCCAGAGGAAGCCAAUCCAGAUAUGUGAGAUGCUACAGUUCUGUUUCAGGUUUUCUGUUGGUGUGUAUCAUAUUUAUUGCUUGUAUUAUAUUUCCAUAUUUUUGAAUCUUUGAUUUUUCAGAUCUACAUAGAUGAUGAAUAAAAAUCUCCAAGAAGA